GUUCACACCCACGGCUCCACACUGCUGUGGCUGGAGCAGAGCGUGGAUUUCUCUCGACUAACCAGAGCUCGUCUGGCUGAAACCCACUUAAAACAUCGCAAUCGGCCAGUGAGCUUCUACAUCAGGACUGCAUGAUAUUUGGCCUAGAUAGCGAUAUCUGAGAUCGCUUAUAUUUAAUCCGCGUUCGGGUGAACGUCACAUUGAGCAGCGUGGUUUUCACGUGGAGCUUCGGGGGAAAGGAAAAACGCACGUGCAACGCAACCAGUUCGGUUCACAUACUUUUAAGCGCUAGAUUCUGUUUGCGUUUAGAAGUACUAAGUCAUGUUGCUGAAAAUGGCAUCUUUAGUAUUGGAGGACGGGACAACAUUUAAAGGCCGUCUGUUCGGUGCCGUAUCCUCAGUGUCUGGUGAAGUUGUUUUCCAGACCGGAAUGGUGGGUUAUCCAGAGGCUCUCACAGAUCCCUCUUACAAGUCUCAAAUACUAACUCUGACAUAUCCGCUGAUUGGCAAUUAUGGUGUUCCUAAAGAUGAAAAUGGAGAGUUUGGACUCAGCAAGUGGUUUGAGUCUUCCAAAAUCCAUGCCGCUGCUCUUAUUGUUGGGGAGCUCUCUGAGAAUCCCAGUCACUGGAGCUCAGCCAAGUCUCUGGACCAGUGGCUCCGAGAGCAAGGCAUCCCUGGGCUUGAAGGGGUUGACACUCGAAGCUUGACCAAAAAGAUCAGAGAAGAACAGCACAACCCAGAUGCAGUGGCUGCUGCUGAAAGACUCAGCUAUCCCGUUCUGGUCCGGUCUGCUUUUGCCCUUGGUGGAUUGGGUUCAGGCUUUGCUAAUAACAGAGAGGAGAUGAUCACAUUGGUCACCCAAGCCUUUGCCCACACAUCACAAGUCCUGGUUGACAAAUCACUUAAAGGCUGGAAGGAAAUAGAGUAUGAAGUGGUGCGGGAUGCCUAUGACAAUUGCAUUACGGUUUGUAACAUGGAGAACAUUGAUCCUCUAGGAAUCCACACUGGGGAGUCCAUAGUGGUGGCUCCUAGUCAGACACUGAAUGACUAUGAAUACAAUAUGCUGAGAAACACGGCCAUCAAAGUUAUUCGCCACUUGGGCAUUGUGGGAGAGUGCAACAUUCAGUAUGCUCUGAAUCCUGAAUCUGAGCAGUAUUACAUCAUUGAAGUCAACGCUCGUCUCUCACGAAGCUCUGCGUUGGCCAGUAAGGCCACAGGUUAUCCGCUGGCCUACGCAGUGGCUGCUGCUGAAAGACUCAGCUAUCCCGUUCUGGUCCGGUCUGCUUUUGCCCUUGGUGGAUUGGGUUCAGGCUUUGCUAAUAACAGAGAGGAGAUGAUCACAUUGGUCACCCAAGCCUUUGCCCACACAUCACAAGUCCUGGUUGACAAAUCACUUAAAGGCUGGAAGGAAAUAGAGUAUGAAGUGGUGCGGGAUGCCUAUGACAAUUGCAUUACGGUUUGUAACAUGGAGAACAUUGAUCCUCUAGGAAUCCACACUGGGGAGUCCAUAGUGGUGGCUCCUAGUCAGACACUGAAUGACUAUGAAUACAAUAUGCUGAGAAACACGGCCAUCAAAGUUAUUCGCCACUUGGGCAUUGUGGGAGAGUGCAACAUUCAGUAUGCUCUGAAUCCUGAAUCUGAGCAGUAUUACAUCAUUGAAGUCAACGCUCGUCUCUCACGAAGCUCUGCGUUGGCCAGUAAGGCCACAGGUUAUCCGCUGGCCUACGUGGCCGCUAAGCUCGGCUUGGGAAUCCCUCUGCCCAUGCUCAAGAAUUCAGUGACUAAUUCCACAACAGCCAACUUUGAGCCCAGUCUGGAUUACUGUGUGGUGAAGGUUCCUCGUUGGGAUUUGAGCAAGUUCCUUAGAGUCAGCACUAAAAUUGGCAGUUCCAUGAAGAGCGUUGGAGAAGUGAUGGCCAUUGGCCGCAGCUUUGAAGAGGCCUUCCAGAAAGCUUUGAGAAUGGUGGAUGAGAACUGCGUUGGUUUCGACCACACCAUCAAACCAGUGUCUGAGGAGGAGCUGCAGACACCCACAGACAAGCGCAUCUUUGUUCUGGCAGCUGCCCUGUAUGCCGGCUACACUGUUGAGCGGCUCUAUGAGCUGACCAAGAUAGACCACUGGUUUCUGCACAAGAUGAAGAACAUUACAGACCAUGAGAAACUUCUAGAGGCAUAUAAUCGGGAUGAGAGUGCCAUGCCACCUGAGGUUUUGAGGAAAGCCAAGCAGCUGGGCUUCUCCGACAAACAAAUCGCCCAAGCUGUGCAAAGCACUGAGCUGGCCGUGAGGAAGCUGAGACGUGACUGGAAGAUCCUUCCAGCGGUCAAACAGAUUGACACAGUGGCCGCCGAGUGGCCAGCUCACACCAACUAUCUGUACCUGACCUAUCACGGCUUAGAAAGUGAUGUGGUUUUCGAGCAGCCCCAUGUCAUGGUGAUCGGCUCUGGGGUUUACCGCAUUGGAAGCAGCGUGGAGUUCGAUUGGUGCGCUGUUGGGUGUAUUAUGGAGCUGAGGAAGAUGGGAUACAAAACGAUUAUGGUGAACUACAACCCAGAAACAGUCAGCACAGAUUACGAUAUGUGCGAUAGACUGUAUUUUGAUGAGAUCUCAUUUGAGGUGGUGAUGGACAUUUAUGAGAUGGAGAACCCAGAAGGAAUUAUUCUGUCCAUGGGUGGUCAGCUGCCCAACAACAUCGCCAUGUCUUUGCAUAGGCAACAGUGCAGGAUCCUGGGCACCUCGCCUGAAUUCAUUGACUCUGCGGAGAACCGCUUCAAAUUCUCCAGGAUGCUGGACACCAUAGGAAUCAGCCAGCCCAGAUGGAAAGAGCUGUCUGAUAUUGAGUCUGCUGUGGGUUUCUGUGAGACGGUGGGUUAUCCCUGCUUAGUGAGGCCAUCGUAUGUUCUCAGCGGGGCUGCUAUGAAUGUAGCCUACGCGGACAGUGACCUGGAAAAGUACCUCAACAAUGCUGUUGCUGUGUCAAAGGAGCACCCUGUUGUUAUCUCCAAAUUCAUUCAGGAGGCCAAGGAAAUAGAUGUGGAUGCUGUGGCCUGUGACGGAGUGGUCAUUGCCAUAGCGGUGUCUGAGCAUGUGGAGAACGCAGGGGUGCAUUCUGGAGAUGCCACACUGGUGACUCCUCCUCAAGACAUCAACCAGAAAACCAUGGAGCGCAUUAAGAUGAUCGUUUACGCGAUCGGCCAGGAGCUUCAGGUCACCGGCCCCUUCAACCUGCAGCUCAUUGCCAAGGAUGAUCAGCUGAAGGUGAUAGAAUGCAACGUGCGAGUCUCGCGCUCCUUCCCUUUUGUGUCCAAAACACUUGGUGUGGAUCUUGUUGCCCUAGCAACAGGAGUCAUAUUGGGAAAGGAAGUUGAGGCUGUUGGGCUGAUGAAGGGGAUUGGCAUUGUGGGAGUUAAGGUUCCUCAGUUCUCCUUCUCACGGCUGGCUGGAGCAGAUGUGGUUUUAGGUGUUGAGAUGACCAGCACUGGAGAAGUGGCCUGCUUCGGGGAAAACCGUUAUGAGGCCUAUCUAAAAGCCAUGCUCAGCACUGGCUUCAAAAUCCCUAAAAAGAAUAUUCUCCUCACUAUUGGUACUUAUAAGAGUAAGAGCGAGCUUCUGCCCACAGUCCAGACCUUGGAGAGUUUGGGUUAUAACCUGUAUGCCAGUCUAGGCACUGCUGACUUCUACACUGAACAUGGAGUCAAGGUGAUGGCAGUGGACUGGCCUUUUGAAGAGGAGAGUGACUGCCCUAGUAAGGACAAACAAAGGAACAUCAUGGACUAUCUGGAGGAGAACCAUUUUGACUUGGUCGUCAAUUUGUCCAUGAGGAACUCUGGUGGAAGACGCUUGUCCUCCUUUGUGACCAAAGGUUACCGCACUCGUCGAAUGGCCAUUGACUACUCCGUACCACUCAUCACUGACAUCAAGUGCACCAAGUUGUUUGUUCAGGCACUGGGGCAAAUUGGUCAGGCUCCUCAUGUAAAGACUCAUAUAGACAGCAUGACCUCGCAGAAACUCAUCCGUUUACCUGGUUUGAUUGAUGUCCAUGUGCAUCUGCGGGAGCCUGGUGCCACCCAUAAAGAGGACUUCUCCUCGGGCACAGCUGCUGCCCUGGCUGGAGGAAUCACUAUGGUGUGCGCCAUGCCCAAUACCAACCCUGCCAUCAUUACAUUUAUGCAGCACUUUGAAAAGUGGCCGAAGCACUUGCCCAUUGUGGCACAUGCAGAAAAACAGACGGUGGCUGCAAUCUUGAUGGUGGCGCAGCUGUAUCAGCGACCCGUUCAUAUCUGCCAUGUUGCCAAGAAAGAAGAGAUUCUGAUCAUUCGAGCUGCUAAACAAAAGGGCAUCCAGGUGACGUGUGAAGUGGCACCUCACCAUCUCUUCCUGUGUGAAGAUAAUGUGCCUGCCAUUGGAAACGGCAGGGCGCAAGUGCGGCCCAUGCUUGGUACACGUGAGGACAUGGAGGCAUUGUGGGAAAAUCUAGACAUCAUUGACUGUUUCGCAACAGACCACGCCCCUCAUUCAGUAGAGGAGAAAAACUCUGAGAAACCACCUCCAGGUUACCCGGGUCUGGAGACUAUGCUGCCUCUGCUGCUCACGGCCGUCAGCGAGGGUCGCCUUACCAUUGAUGACAUCAUCAAGAGGCUCUAUGAAAACCCCAGUAAAAUAUUCUCUCUUCCUGCUCAAGAAGACACUUAUGUAGAGGUGGACUUGGAGCAAGAGUGGACUAUUCCGAAGCACAUGCAAUUCACUAAGUCAAAGUGGACGCCGUUUGAGGGCAUGAAAGUGAAAGGAAAAGUCAUGAGGGUGGUACUCAGAGGAGAGGUGGCCUAUAUUGAUGGACAGGUAUUGGUACCUCCAGGUUAUGGUCAGGAUGUGAAGUCAUGGUCAACACCCCCAGCAGGAACAACUGAGGUUAUAAAGGAUGCUCCUAAGCGUGUGAGUGAGGCAUUGACUCCUGAGCGCCCCCGUCAGGCAGCACCUGUUGAUGUGGUCCGUAGCCGUGCCCCGAGUCCACGCCGUUCAACUGGGGAUGGACGCUUCAUUCUCCCGCCUCGUAUCCACUGCACAUCCGAUCCUGGCCUGCCUCCAGGUUUCAAAAGAUCUACCAUACAACCCCAAAAGGCAUUGGCUGAAGAGGAGGUGUCAUUAAAAGCACCGUAUGAUGCAGAAUUGGCUCCCCCAAUGGAUGCAUAUGCAUACCCUCCUCCCCUGGCCAGGAUCCUGUCACCUCAAGCUGGGCAGCAGCAGAUCCUGCCCCACCCCCAGACCUCCCCACUGCUGCACCCACUGGUGGGCCAGCACAUCCUGUCCGUGCGCCAGUUCAGCAAGGAACAGAUGUCACACUUGUUCAAUGUGGCACAUACUCUUCGUCUGAUGGUGCAGAAAGAAAGACCCUUGGAUAUUUUGAAGGGUAAAGUCAUGGCCUCCAUGUUCUACGAGGUGAGCACUCGCACCUGCAGUUCGUUCGCAGCAGCCAUGCACCGUCUGGGAGGGUCAGUGGUACAUUUCAGUGAGUCCACCUCCUCCACGCAGAAGGGCGAGUCUCUGGCUGAUUCUGUUCACACCAUGAGCUGCUACACUGAUGUCAUUGUUCUGCGCCACCCCAUACCUGGAGCUGUAGAAAGUGCAGCAAGGCAUUGUCGGCGGCCAAUGAUCAACGCUGGUGAUGGGGUUGGAGAACAUCCAACUCAGGCCCUUCUGGAUAUCUUUACAAUCCGAGAGGAGCUGGGAACAGUCAAUGGCAUGACUAUUACCAUGGUAGGUGAUCUGAAACAUGGCCGCACCGUGCAUUCUCUGGCUAGACUGCUCACUCAGUACAGGAUCACCUUGCGUUACGUGGCCCCCAAGGACCUCAGCAUGCCUGCCGAAAUCAUCGAUUUUGUGGCCUCCAAAGGCAUUAAACAGGAGGAGUUUAACAGCAUUGAAGAGGCCCUUCCAGAGACUGACGUCCUGUACAUGACCAGAAUACAGAAGGAGCGAUUCGCCUCUGAAGAAGAGUACGAAGCGUGUUUUGGCCAGUUCAUCCUCACCCCACAUAUCAUGACUGGAGCCAAAAGGAAGAUGGUUGUUAUGCAUCCGCUUCCCAGAGUCAAUGAGAUCAGUGUGGAAGUGGACACGGAUCCUCGGGCUGCUUACUUCCGGCAGGCUGAGAAUGGGAUGUAUAUUCGGAUGGCACUGCUGGCUACCGUGCUGGGUCGAUGAAGGGACCAUCAUAGUCUAUUCUUGGACAUUUGGCAGUAAAGGGAAAUAUUUUGUUAGCAACAUACUGAUUCCGUGACUGGUGUUCAUUCUGUGUACUCUCCAUAUAGUUCCAGUAGGUGAGAUUUUGUGAGAUAAAGUACUCAGAUUUAUUGUUCCUUUCAGUACUGACUGCAAUAAAAUUCCAUAUGUUGAGUAUUUGAUUUAAAACAAGCCCAUUAUAGCAAACACAGUGCGGUGUGGUUAAACUAGUUUCAUCCUAAAUAUCUGAGAUAGUUACAUUAAUGUUGCACUUGAAAGUAGCGGGUUGCUCAGUUUCUUCAUUUCAUUUCAAAAUCAGCUAAAUUUAGCAAACAGUUAUACAAUAAACAAUUGUACUACUACAUCACUAACUGGUAUUGUAUUAAUGUAAAAGCUGUAUGUGUUUUAGUUUUUUGUGCGUUUACAGCAAUAUAGACAUCUUUACAUGUAAUCAUGUUCAUUUGGACAUUCCAGUAGGGGACCAGACUUUUGUAACUCAAUCUACUUUGUGCAAAUACUAGUGCAGAUACAGUAUGAUAAGAUUGUUCAUUACGGAGUAAAACUUUUGUAAUUGUAUUUUUAGACAAUAAAAGAAAUGCAAUCUCGGAUCUUUCUCUGCUUUUCCAUAUCUCUGUCUUUCUGUGUACUGGCACAAACGAAGGGAGAGAAUAUCAGUAAAUCACCUGAUCUGUUGGUA